AUGGCACAGACGGACGUGCUCCUGACCAGGCAGCCGGCCCCACAGACGGUGCCGCCAUGCGAGCUGCCCCCCAAGGUGUACGACGUGGCCCGCAACACCGGCACGCACACGUCCUCGGGGCUGGCCACGGCUGGUUUCCGCACAGCCAAGUACCUGGCUGAUGAGUGGUUCCAGAACUGCUACGCCCGCUACCACCAGGCCUUCACCGAUCGCGACAGCUCGGAGCGGCAGCGGCACGAAAGCCAGCAGCUGGCGGCUGAGACGGAGGCGUUGGCACAGCGCACACAGCAGGACUCCACACGCAGACUGGGUGCACGGCUGCAGGAUGCACAUGGCUGGAAGUCAGAGCUGCAGCGCCAGGUGGAGGCGCUGGAUGCCGAGACUGACCUGCUGCUGGCCCAGAAGCAGCGGCUGGAGCGCGCUCUGGAUGCCACAGCUGUGCCCUUCUCCAUUGUCACUGACAACCUACAGAGCCGUGAGCGCCGUCAGCACCCAGACCUUGUGCGUGACCGCGUGGAGAUGGAGUUGCUGAAGGAAGCCGAACUCAUCCGGAACAUUCAGGAACUUCUGAAGAGGACCAUCAUGCAAGCCGUCACCCAGAUCCGGCUGAACCGCCAGCACAAGGAGACCUGCGAGCUGGACUGGUCGGACAAGGUGGAGGCCUACGCCAUCGAUGAGACAUGCUCGCGCUACAGCAGCCAGAGCACCGAGGUGCAGGCCCACCCGCACUCCAGCAAGCUGGAGGAAAGCUGGUGUUGGGGGGACCGCUGGCAUUGCCCUACCCCCCUCCUCCACGUGCCCAAGUGGCAGACACUGAGGGAAAUCACAGACCAGGAACACAACGUGGCAGCACUGAAGCAGGCCAUCAAGGACAAGGAGAUGCCGCUGCGUGUGGCCCAGUCCCGGCUGUACCAGCGCUCCCACCGGCCUGGCGUGGAGCUGUGCCGUGACACUGCCCAGUUCAGGCUGGUGAGCGAGGUGGAGGAGCUGGACCUGUCCCUGGCGGCGCUGAAGGAGAAGCUUCUAGAAGCAGAGCAGUCGCUGCAUCACCUGGAGGACACGCGCAUGGACCUGGAGAAGGACAUCGCAGUGAAGACCAACAGCCUGUUCAUCGACCGCCAGAAGUGCCUGGCCCGCCGCACGUGCUACCCCAGUGUCCUGCAGCUAGCUGGCCACCAGUGAGAGCCUUGGACAUGCUGGGGCUGCCCCAUGUG